UUUCGGAAGCGCGCGAGUUCGGUUCGGUUCGGAUCGGUUCCUCAUCUGGAGGCGUACAGGACAACGACCCACUGUCCAUUCGCAGUCCACUUUGGCGGUCUCAAGAACGGUGAAGGAUUAAUGCUUCAGGAUACAGAUUAGAUCGCUGUCAAAUAACAUUUCGAUCAACGAUGAGUGCUAUUCCCUCCUUGAAGGACCUCCAUGUGUCGAUAUAUUGGAUACGCGAAUGAAUUCAAAGUUCCAUCCUGAGAUCUAAUCAGGGAUUAGUGUUAAUUGAAACAAAUGAAAAAGUAAUUCUCUCCGGAAGGAUUAGUUGGAAUUGGGUGCGCGUGUGUGAUUCGAAUCGGUCAGUGCCCUGCUAGUGUGCAUGUUUGAAAAUGUCCGACUUUGCGUUCAAUAACUCGCUGGCCGAGUUUUUAGUGAUGCCGGGAGAUUCGAACUAUAGUAGCAAUGUGAGCCUUAUUGCAAACCUCGCAGCCGGAGGAAACCUAACGAAAGAAUUCGCACCAUCACCGUUGAGAACACACUUUGUUGUAGUGAUUGCGCUAUCGUACCUUUUUGGAUGUGUCGGAAAUUUCUUAGCAUUAAUCUAUCUUUGGAACAGGAAGAACGUCCGGAAUACCAAACAUUCCUUAAUGCUAAAAUGUUUACUCACAAACGACCUAAUUGGAUUAGCGGGCAUGUUUGUCCAGAUGUACUUGCACCUCUACCUGCCAAAGGAACUCGUCAACAAGAAUAUGCAUCACUUUUGCAUUUUCCGGGUGAUUUGGCGCGUGUUCGGGAUAAGUUCCGGCUGUGUCGCGUUCGUCAUGGCCCUGGAGCGGUACAUUGCACUCACGAAACCGUUCUUCUAUCAUAAGCAUGUGUCCGAUAAAAUGAUAAGGAGAUCGAUAUUUCUACUCUGGGCGGUGGGAGCAUUCUUCACGUUUCUUCCUUUGUUUGGCUUUGGGAUCUACUAUGACGAAGGGAAGCAAACGUGCAUCCGAUAUCGGGACGCCACUGACCCGAAGGACGUCGCCUACGCCUAUCUGUUCUUCGCCGUCGGCAUAAUCCUCUGCACCGGAAUCGUGAUUUGCAAUUUGAGCGUUCGAAGGGUACUCUACCAGUCCCAUCACAAAAUGCGCCGUCAGUUCCGCUCAAUUCAACCAGUGCCGAUGGUGGAACGACCCACGCUCCGGAGCUCGCAGAAAUCGGCCAGCUUCACCGAUUCUUCCGUCUUCCGGAUGGUCGGCGAACCAACGACAGAAGAAAUUCGCUUCGCCAAGCUGAUGACCUUCCUCAGCAUCAGUUUCCUCGCCUGUUGGCUUCCACAAAUGGUUUCGAUUCUCCUAGCCCAACUGUUGACACCCACGGUGCAGGCACGAUUCAACUGGUUCUUCCGCCUGUCAGACAUACUGAUCCUGCUGCACUUCAUGCUCGACCCCUACAUCUACGUGCUGCUGAGACAAAGUGGCCGCAGUGACUUGCGGACCAUGAUCCGGUACGUGUUCAGUCGGAAUCAGUUCAACAUCGUGGAGACGGCGAUCACGCCCAUACAGAAAAUGACCACCAACUCAUCACCUCUGCCCUAAAACGAAACUAACGACCCCAAAAGAAUGAUUCUCACACAAAACCUUCAAAUCUCAAAACAACCCAAUACGCUUGUUUUACCCUUGUCUCCCUUAUCCUAGGUUGGCGUGGCCAGUGCGCAAAGCCCCUUCGAGGGACAAAGGACGAGAAACGGUAACCACGACGGAUACGAGUGACUGAGAAGGGAUGCUUUUCUCUCGUUGGGAGUGUGGGAUGUGUUAGUUUAUUUUGUCUAUCUACCCAAGACACACAAAACACACACACACACACAUACCAUGUACCGUUAACUUCUGCAGGGAAUUUGAAAGCAAACAAAAUUACACAGGAAUUAUUUUGUGAUGUUCCUGCACAACAAUUGCAAUUUUGUCUACCAUUUUGGUCAAAGUUCAAAUUAAGUACGUAACAAACCAAGUUUGGAUGUGAUCAAACGUUGUCGAACAACAUACAUUAUGUUACCAAAAGAGAAAAUAUAUAUAUUAUCCGUUGGAUAUACUUGAA